AACUAAUACAGGGUUUGUGUAAAGCGUGUCAGGAACCACACAGCACUUUUUCAUAUAUUCUUCUGUUUAUUUGUGACAUCGGGUAUGUGUUUCAUAAAUAAAUGACGUAUGAUAAAACAGCUUUUCAUCUUCCAGUGAGCUGAAACAACCGAGCUGACGGUGUCAGUAACGCUCCACACGUACAGGACGCCGCUGCAGCUAAAGGCAGGAAGAGCCGACCGGAGGAGCGACGCUAACAAUGGCAGCAGCUAGCACCGACCUGCGGAUGGACCACCUCCCCUCAGACCCGCUGCUUUACAUCCUGUCCUUCCUGGAUUUCAGAGACCUCAUUCAUUGUAGUUAUGUCAGCAGGAGGUUGAAUGAACUCUCGAAGCACAACCCGCUGUGGAGACGCCACUGCUUCAAACACUGGCUGCUCACAGAUGCUGACCGGCUGCAGAGCAGCAUGUCCUGGUACUGUCUGUUCAAGCAGUACUACAAAGACCUGGGCUCCUACAUCCAGUACUAUGCAGUGCUGAAAAAGGCCUGGGAUCAGCUGAAGAGCUUCCUGCAGCAGAGGUGUCCACGCAUGAUCGCAUCACUCAAAGAGGGAGCCACAGAGGUGGAGCUCAACGACAUAGAGACUCAGAUUUGCUGCAAACUUCCAGAUGACUAUCGCUGCUCCUACCGCAUCCACAACGGGCAGAAACUGGUGAUCCCAGGGCUGAUGGGGAGCAUGUCUCUGUCCAACCACUACCGAUCAGAGGUUCUCUUGGACGUAGAAACAGCCGCUGGAGGGUUCCAGCAGAGGAAGGGAAUGAAACGCUGCCUCCCGCUCACGUUCUGCUUCCACACUGGACUCAGCCAGUACAUGGCUCUGCAGCCGGCAGAGGGACGGAGGAUGUUUGAGAGCUUCUACCCCUGCCCCGAUCAAACGGCUCAAGAUCCAUCAGCCAUUGACAUGUUCAUCACAGGUUCCUGUUUUUUAGAGUGGUUCACCACUUACGUCCACAACGUUGUCACAGGAGAAUAUCCAAUCAUCAGAGACCAAAUCUUCAGAUAUGUGCAUGAUAAAAGCUGUGUGGCGACCACUGGUGACAUCACCGUCUCUGUCUCUACCUCCUUCCUGCCAGAGCUUUCCUCUGUGCACCCGCCACACUUCUUCUUCACCUACCGCAUCAGAAUAGAGAUGUCGAGCAGUGCGUCGCCUGAAGAUGCCUGCCAGCUUGACAGCCGCUACUGGAAGAUCACCACCUCGGAUGGCAACGUGGAGGAGGUUCAGGGGCCCGGAGUGGUUGGAGAGUUUCCUGUGAUGAGUCCUGGCAGGGUCCACGAGUACGCCAGCUGCACCACCUUCUCCACGCCCUCAGAGUACAUGGAGGGUCACUACACCUUCCACAGACUGGCCUACAAAGAGGAUGUUUUCCAAGUGGCCAUCCCUCGCUUCCACAUGGUCUGCCCGCCCUUCAGAGAGCCGGUGGUUAGAACGCAAAAAGCUCCAACUACUUACAGCGUGCGCUUUGACGACCACGACGACGACACAGAGUGCUACGAUGGAGACGGCGACGACUUUGGUGACCUGAGAGGAAUCAACAUGGCUGCCUUAGAGGGAGCGUGGUGCCCUCGACACAUCUGACCUCUGAUUCCACCUCACUGUUUUUCAGUGCUGAUGGAUUGUAAGUUAUUCAGGUCUUCUAGAUGCUGACUAUUCCUCCUUAGUGACUUGUAACAUCACCUAGCAGGAGGUUCUGGGAGAGAUACGGCUGAACAGAACCGUGCACGGGACACGGACCCGUCACUUUCCAGCUAUCUGUUAUGAAAACAAAAAGUGUGAAUGGGGUGCUGUUUCUUUUUGUUAGAAUCUUUUUUUUAUUAAGAUGUGAAACUAUUGAAUAAGCUCAGACAGGAAGGACAGUCACGUCACUGUCUUCUGGCUUUAGGGAGGAGAGCAGGCUUCGUGGUGUUGGUGGUGUGUUGGAUGUAACACCACAGAGCUGUUGGAGACUGCUUACGUGGAGGAAAAGCUGAAUUAGGAAAGCAAUGGUCGAGUGAGCUUCUGUUGAAAAGAUGCUCUCUCUUCUUAGACCUAAACAUUUGCAUUGGUUAUCAAAGCACACGGUGUUUGUGUUUGAGGAUUUAAGUUGUUUAAAAGGUCCCAGUCUGGACCCAGAUGGUUCUGAGGGUUCUUCUUGUGUUUCAGCUGUGACAGCAGCUGCUUAAACACAGGCUCAGAUUGCUCCAGAUUUCAGGUGCCUUUGCCGUCUCCGUCUAGAAGAAGCUGUUUAUUUCUGACUCUACCAGUAGCUUCAGACAGUUGGAGUAGGUAACACACAACCAAACCAGUUGUGGCAAGUUCUGAAGCAGUCAAAUAUUUCAUAUUUAGGUUAAUUUAUACUUACUUUGUAUCUUUCAACAUAUUUUCUAGCCCACCACCACAAACCAAAUUCAAGAAGACAGAACUUAAGUGAUUUGAAAUGUUCCAUCCAUGUGAAUCUGCUGAGAUGAAUGUCAGGCUGCUCCUUUUAUUGGAAAAGCUUAUUUUAAAACAACCUGAGAAGACUACAAAGCAUCAUGCAUCGGCUUUUCAUAUGUGGAAGUUCCUCAUACUAUCACCAUGUCCAUGUCCCACGAACACUGGUUCUGGCUGUAAUGUAUCUGCUCAUUGCAUGAAAGAUAGCCACCUCCGUUUGAGGGAAUUCAUCUGGAAUCAGCUGAAAACGGUGGAAACACAAGCAGAACCUGUGGCAGUAGUUGACUUCUUCUUUAUGCAGUAAAGGCUGGUUUUCUAGCAUGUUAAUUUCUAAACAAGUUUGACUAACUGGAACAAACAGAAGGCUUUCUCUUCUGUGUCACUGUUUUUCUUUGAAGUUAAGUUAAUCACGUGCUGCAGAUUUGCUUUGGAGUCACUCUGAUGUGACCUGUGGGUUCGUUUUGUAUGUUAAGGCCAAAUAAAUAACAUUCAACCGUUCA